AUGGUCAAGACAAAUAAAGUUGGGCCCAAGCUAGCGGUUUCAGCACAGAAAGAGGCUGAGGUUCUGAACACAACCCCUCAGCAGGGACAAGGGUACAUCCUUUCCUCGAGCCAGCGGAGAGCCACAAUCUCUGUGAACACCUCACCCCAUCGAAGAUCAGAAGCUGGGCCUCCCACCACCAUCCACUCAGUGCCAGACUGCCCUCGAACUGAGACCCAAUCGAAAUCUGACGCAUACCGCCAUGCCUCGCCUCCUCGAAAGAGCCAGCAAACUCCAUGUGCCAUGCAGAUGCCGCGGAAUGUUAGUCCAUCCAGAGAGGAAUCAGCUAGAAGAGGGGGUGAGAGCAAACCAGGGCGUGACGUCAGUAAUCGCUACUCAUUAAUUCCAGGUACCAGAUCCUCUUACCGGUUGAGUUUUGUAGACCAGAAGGAUAACUUAACAGUCUUGCAAGAAGAAGACCCACCUUCCAAGGUCCAGUACCCACAAGGAGUCAGAGUUCCCCGUAGGACUUUGGUUCACCCAAAGGAUGAAGCAGUCCAAACUGACCCCAUUCGAAAGAGUUUGACUGCUGCUGAAAUCAGAUCUCCAAGGAGACCCUCCAGUCCAGAACGCAGCAGCCGCAUCUGUGCAGACUCUCGGACAACCCAGAGAAGGAUCCCUGGCCAAGAGUUUGAAAUGGGCCGUCAAAAUUUAAUUUAUACAGAACCCAAGGCCUUGCAUAGGAAUACGAACUUGGAAUCACCCCUCAAACUGUCUGCCCUUAAAGAUUUGGAUGGCAGACACAAAGUUUCUACACGCCCAGAGCCUGAGUCUAUCCGAAAGCAUUCUGUCUACACCGAAAACAAGCCCUCCCCGAAGGUCUUAUUAACAUCACCAGAAAUGGAGUCCAACAUGAAGUCCCCAAUCAGAGGAGACAGCGAGGCUGGCCGCAGGGUCACCAUCUCCCCCAGCGGAUUGUUAGCACAGUCAGCUUCCCGUGUGACGCCGCGAAAGUUGUCUGAGAGCCCCCGCAAAUCUUCCAUGUUUGUCACUCCGGAGUCCGUCUCUAAGCAGCACACCAAAAGACCCUCAGAAAAUAUCUACACGUCCCCAGGACCCACACUCAGGUAUCCGGAGCCCUCUGGAAAGCCCCCUGUCCAGGCAGAACUGGAGCUGAGCCCUCGGCCUUUACCCCCUCGGUCCUUACCUAGAUAUGGGCCUGACUCCUCAUGGUGGGCCUUACUCAACUCUGAAGUUGAAAUGCCCCAAAGCCAGCCGACAACACUUGAUUUCGAGCCUGAGUCCCCUUCUCCCCUAGACCCUUCACUGCCCUUUUUUGAAAUGGACUCAAGCCCUUUCUGUGAGGAUCUGAUGUUCCAGAGGGGAAAGGCAAGCCCGUCACCACCACCAGCACCGGCAACACCACCACCACCACCAGCACCGGCAACACCACCACCAGCACCACCAGAGGAGCCUCCAAGCUGGACACCGCUGAGGGAAGUGCCCCAGGCCCCCAAGCACACCUCCAAACAACCCAUUCAAAGGUUUAGUGCUUUCUUCUUGGAUGUCUCUGAGGAAAUGUACAAUCGUGUCAUCUGGUGGCUAAAAGAUGAGGAGAUCAAGCGCUUUCUGGAGGACACGGAUGAUGCAGAACUCAACAAGUUCGUGAAGGAUUUCCCAGGAAACGAGACCUGCCACCAACCAGAGGCCAAGACCUGGGUGUCCGGGCCCCAAAUCCUGGAGCCAAGGCCCCAGGCCUCAGACCUCUGCCAGGAUGACCUGGAGUUCAGACCCCCCUCGUGGCCCCAGCCCUCUGACAGCCAGCAGUUCUUCUCUGCCUCAGCCCCUCUCAGCCCCUCAACCCGGCCCCGCAGCCCAUGGGGCAAGCUCGAUCCCUAUGACUCUUCUGAGGAUGACAAGGAGUAUGUGGGCUUUGCGACCCUCCCCAAUCAAGUCCACCGAAAGUCCGUGAAGAAAGGCUUUGACUUUACCCUCAUGGUGGCAGGAGAGUCUGGCUUGGGGAAAUCCACUCUUGUCAAUAGCCUCUUCCUCACUGAUCUGUACCGGGACCGGAAGCUCCUCAGUGCCGAAGAGCGGAUCAUGCAAACGGUGGAGAUCACUAAACAUGCAGUGGACAUAGAAGAGAAGGGCGUGAAGCUGCGGCUCACCAUUGUGGACACACCAGGUUUCGGGGACGCAGUCAACAACACAGAGUGCUGGAAGCCUGUGGCAGAAUAUAUCGACCAGCAGUUUGAGCAGUAUUUCCGAGAUGAGAGUGGCCUGAACCGCAAGAACAUCCAAGACAACAGGGUGCACUGCUGCCUGUACUUCAUCUCGCCCUUCGGCCACGGGCUCCGGCCACUGGAUGUUGAAUUCAUGAAGGCCCUGCAUCAGCGGGUCAACAUCGUGCCUAUCUUGGCUAAGGCGGACACACUGACACCUCCUGAAGUGGAGCGCAAGAAACGCAAAAUCCGGGAGGAGAUUGAGCACUUUGGAAUCAAGGUCUACCAGUUCCCAGACUGUGACUCUGAUGAGGAUGAGGACUUCAAAUUACAGGACCAAGCCCUAAAGGAAAGCAUCCCAUUUGCUGUCAUUGGCAGCAACACUGUGGUAGAGGCCAGAGGGCGACGAGUUCGGGGCCGACUCUACCCCUGGGGCAUCGUGGAAGUGGAAAACCCAGGGCACUGCGACUUUGUGAAGCUGAGGACAAUGCUGGUGCGUACUCACAUGCAGGACCUGAAGGAUGUGACACGGGAGACGCAUUAUGAGAACUACCGGGCACAGUGCAUCCAGAGCAUGACUCGCCUGGUGGUGAAAGAACGGAAUCGCAACAAACUGACUCGAGAGAGUGGUACCGACUUCCCCAUCCCUGCUGUCCCACCAGGGACAGAUCCAGAAACUGAGAGGCUGAUCCGAGAGAAAGAUGAGGAGCUACGGCGGAUGCAGGAGAUGCUGCAUAAAAUCCAAAGACAGAUGAAGGAGACCCAUUAGUUGGCUUUCAGCCCUGGAUAUUUAAAUCACCUCCUCUUAGUCCUGCCCAUGCCGGCCCCUCCCAGCACCAGCUCUGCUCAGGCCCCUGCAGCUACUGCAACUUCGCCUUACAUCCCCGCUGCCUCCCCAGAGACUCAGAGGAAAUAAAGUUUAACAAAUCUA